CCAUUUGACAUACAGUUCUGUGUGACUUCCUGCUACCCACCAGAAGUUGAUCAUUAAUCGUCAGUCGUGCUUUUCACAAUCCCCGUCAGACAGACGUCAUCUGCGUUAUCGUCGAUGAUCUACUUUACCUUGAUAGCUCGGGUCGCUGAUGGGCUCCCCCUUGCAGCAACAAUUCAAGAAGAUGAUCGACUCAGUCGCCACAUCGUCCAAUAUCAGAAUCAGGCAAAACAACUGGUAUGUCGUCUAACACCCACCUCCCCCUCGCGGUGUUCCCUUAUCGCCGGUCCGUAUGUAUUCCACUAUCUGCUCGACCGAGGUGUAUGUUAUCUUAUUUUGACGGAAAGUCAGUUCAACCGAACCAAGGCGUUCGCCUUUUUGGAGGCCAUACAAACUCAAUUUUACGGGGACUACUCAUCCAAAAUUGACACUGUCUCCCGACCGUAUGCGUUUUUGGAUUUUGAUCGCUUCAUCCACCAAACCCAGAAGACUUACACAGACACCAGAUCCUCCAACAUGAAUCAACUAAAUGUGGCCCUACAAGAUGUCCAGCGGAUAAUGGUUCAGAACAUAGACGAUGUUUUGCAGCGCGGAGAAGCUCUUUCUGCGCUUGAUACGCGCGCGUCAAACUUGUCCACAAUGUCGAAGAAGUACCGCCAAGAUGCAGCGUCGCUAAAUAUGCAAUCCGCAUGGGUUUUCUACGUCCUGCUUUGUGUGGUCAUCUUGGCGAUAUUCACCUACAUCUACUUCCGAUACCUGUAACGAAUACCUUAUUAUAUGUUCUUAUUUGUCCGGAAUGCCUUCCAGCCUGAGUCCAUUUAUGGGAACGUUAUGCGGGUCACAAUUUUGCCGUGGCUGUGAUCAACGUCCCUCAACCAUAAUUCUGUAGGCACUUUUCCUGUCCACGGUUUCGGUUUAAACGCUGACUACCUGUGUACCUGGUCGAGAUUUCCCUUCAUAAAGCACGGUCUUUUCGUUCCUCCUACGUGUUGUUUUCAGGAGACACUGUCGAUGAAUCUUUCCAUUCUACAAUUUGUUCCGAGUUGUGCAAUCUCUAUAGAACAUGUGACGAGACAAACCUUUUCAGACAGCGGGUUGACACAAUGUUACUGUGAUUACUGAUGUUUUCUAUUCGUUCUGUGCCUCCUCUUCAGCCUUCCAUUAAGAAGUAAUUUCAAACAGGUUCUCGCGAACCUAACUCUGUCG